GCUUUUGCACCAGAUCUCGGCUGCGGUGUUGGAACCGGGGAACCGGUAAUAUACCUGCCGACUAUUUAUAACUUUGCCUCGGUUCAUAUGAGAGUGAAGUCGCGAAUGACUGCGUGAAAGGUACUCGACACCUCUUGGACCUCACGUCUCGAAGACAGGAUCUUUCGCUCAGCAUGAGUGCACAAGGCUUACAUCGAGCCAACUCUGGCCAUUCGUACAAGAGUUCGUCUAGUGAUGAAUCCUCUUUCGAAGAUCACAUGGGGUCAGACGCGAGACGAAGUAUGGAUGAUGAGAGGCGAGAUUUACCUCCAGGAUGGGUCAGAUGUUUCGACCCAAAGACUGAACAUCACUUUUACGUCGAAGAAGCGACGCGUCGAUCAAUCUGGGUCCAUCCUUACGAUGACCCCGAAUACAUUGCUUCUAUCCCCGAUACGCACCCUGCGCACCCAAAUUCGGAAGAAGCACAGCAGAUGCGACGGACGAUGAUGGAGCAACGAGCAAGAUACGAAGAGCUUAAAAAGGCUCACGAGCAGCAAAAGCAGUCGGGCACAACUCCACACGACGCCUCCAAAUUGGAUGAGCAUCAUGAAGAUAUCAUCAAGUCGCUCAAUGCUCCACACGAGCAUAAAAGUUGGUUACAGAGACAGAAAGACAAGUUCAAGAUGAGUCACGAGGAGAGGAAGAAGCACAGGGAGGAAAAGAAGAGACUUGCAGCGGAACGCAGACAGAAACUCAGGGAACAACAAGCAGAUUGGAUGAGACGUAGACAAGAGUUGGCUCAAAAACAGAUGGAGAACCCUCAACAAUACGGAUAUGCUUCAGACCCGUAUGGCUAUGCACCUCCGAAUCAGCCGUACAAUCGGGCAGCCGUGGAUCCAUACGGAUACGGUGAGUAGCGCUUGGUGUGUCUGCACGUUGUUGUUGACCCGUAUAUCAGGUUACGGCGGGGGAUACGGCUACCGAAGCGGAUACGGUUACGGAGGAUAUGGAGGCCUGGGAAUGGGUCUCGGAGCCGGUCUGGCGGGUGGUCUCCUGCUUGACGAUAUGGCCUUUGGUCCUGCAUUCGGGUACGGCUUUGGGUACGACCCCUUCAUGUUUGGCGGAUUCUGGUAGAAAGCUUGAAGCGGUUUCCAAUGACAUGGGGUGAGGGAAUUUGAUAUCUACAUGCAAUCUUGGGGA